GCAGAAGUAUCGAGUGCAUUGACUCCGAACGCUAACGAGCGCCUUGACUACAAACGACGCCGCUCGCCGUCUCAUUGGUCCACUUGAUGUGGCCGCGGUUUACCCGCAAUACGUGCAUCGACAAUCCUUCCUAAGCUGUGCCGAAGGCAGUGUUGGCCAUCGCGUCAGCUCGUGGCCCUAGACUUCGUACCGCUCCCACGAAACCGUGCAGGUCUGAACCCUCUUUCUAAGCUGGCCAGGAUGUCUGGAUCGAUCAUGCGAAGUAGUGCCGUGGUGUCAUGACUUCCCCUGGCUUGCGCACGAGGCCAGGCUGAAGCGGAUUCUAUAUAGCCAGCACGGCUGGACACACACGGGGCAAACGCAGCUGCAACACGCCUGGCUGCGCGCGCUCUUGACGCUGCAACAGAGGGCCCCAUCCGGCAAAUUCAUGGUCCCCGUCUCGAACGACAUCCACAGAGUGGACAUCCACAAAGUGGAUGCUGCGAAACCUCCAUCGCAGGUCGACAGGAGGAGGCGCGUUGUAUUCGGCAGACUCGGGCACGACUACUGCAGAACUUGUCGGUACGUGAAUCCUCGCGCAGAGCCGGAAGCCUCGCUGCGACAACGCCGCACGCUGACCGAACGCAGUCGACGCAGGGUGAAAUGCGACAGGACCCGGCCGUACUGUCAGCGAUGUCAGGCCCACGGGCGUCAAUGCGAGGGAUACAGCAGCUGGGAACUGGACAUCAAUCCCUUACCUGUCUCUGAACAUGCCACCGUCCCUGCCACGGCUGAAGAUGCCUACCUCCCCGUCGAGAUUGCCAAUGGGUCCAUGAAUCAGGCACAGUUGCUGUCAACCUUCCUAACAGAUCGCUUUGCCGACACCUCAUUAGCUGCGGAUCCCACACCGCACCUGCCACGAACAUCCAUUCCGCACCUGUGGGCCACAACCAGCAUGUCUGCGCCGCUCGUGCAGCAUGCGUUGAACACCAUCUGUUUGGAGCACUUCGCGGCCAAGACCAGUUCCCGCGUGCAUAUCGAGUAUGCCUUGGCCUCACGCGGGAACGUGCUGCGUAUGCUACAGCAUGCCUUGAUUGCGCCAUUUUGUCAUCCCCGAGACAUUGUCUUGACCCUCAUGAUCAUGAGCUUCACCAGCCCGGUGGGAAAUGACACUGGUGCAUCUCGCAUCCAUGUGGAAGGCGCACUACAGUACCUUACUUGCCGAGAGCCGGCAACAUUCGAUGGGAACGAGCACUUACACCUCGUCUUGAUGCGCCACUUACGGCCCUUUGCGCUCCACUGUGGCAUGGCACAGAGGAAAGAGAUUGUUUUCCGACACCCAGCGUGGGCCCGAUUGCCUCGUAAACUCGGAGAGGACGACGCCCGGGUCUACAAAGCAGCCUGUUGGCUCCCGAAGGACGCCGACUCUACCAAGGUCUUCAGAUGGCAACAACCCGACCUCUUCUCCGAUGGUGCUGCCGGGCGAAACAUCCCAAGAGAUGUCGUCAACUCACUUCCCAGCUUGCUGGAAAAGACAGACGAAUUUUUGACUCAAGAUGCCAAUGGCACUCCUAAGCUGUCAUUUGCUGCGGCCACGUCGCUCGUGCGCCGCUUUGACAACAUCCAAAAGUCGUCUGUCCUGCCGUCCAAAGUAGAGGCCGGGGCGAACAGGGUAUCGAUCCGCAACAAUGACAUCGACUCAUUCCGGAUGGACGUACAAGCACAUUACUACCUUUACAGUACUACAUUCGUGCGCGAACACUACACGUUUGAGAUUCCUACCUCGGCAUACACCAGCGUGACGGUCAGCGCGUUCGGCCUGUUGGUCGAUUGCGCGCUGCUGCAGAUCAUCAGCCACGGAAUGACACGCUACGGACUUCCGGCUGACUGGACGGGAGUCUCGCGGCGCGAUGUAGAGCAGCGCGCUUAUCAGGCAGCGUAUGAGGUGUGCCAGCAUGUUCACUUCUACAGUCAGCGGGGCUUGACCGCCGCCAGGAUUAUGUCAAUCUGGGUGACUUAUGCACGCAACUUUUUCGACAGCUACGGCGCCGAGGUCGAGAGGGAGUGGUGUAAUGGCUGCCUGGAGGCGAUUGCCUCGCGGAUACGCCAACUCGAGGCAACCUCGUACUCGCUUUGCCCCAUGAUCGAUAUUUUGGAUCGAAUCUCCGGAAGCUUCCGUUAUCAGCGCCCUCCUGGAGACGACACGUGGAAGACUCGCGCGUGGCCGUUCCGAUGAGAACGCCAUCAGUAGCCCAGCGUACAUAGAUCGGCCCCUUUCAACCCUCACUGGAACGAACCCGCAGCGGAGGCUGUCUCAUGCACCAUGAACAACGGCGUGGUGGCUACGUGGGCAGACGCCACCGCUCCCUCCCUGACCCUACCAGAAAGGAAUAGUCGU